GGGGUGGUCGGGGAUAGUGGUGGUUGGGGCAACUCAGCUUCCAUAAUCAUUUCUGCUGCGAAAAUCAGCGAUUGCAACUCAGCCUCCUCGCUGGACGCCGCUUGAAGUCUGAAGGACGUAGCCCAUACCAGUUCUCCCAUCCGAUUCCGAAGAAUAGCUCCUCCCGAAGCACAACCAGGUUUGAACGAAGCAUCUACGUUCAAUUUGUAGUUUUGUUUAGGUCUUUUCCACUUGACAACCUGAAUAAUAGGGUAAUUAAACUUAAACCUUAACAGAAUAAAGUUUUCAGUGUACAAAAAAUCUUCCACCCUUCUGUGUUUUAUCUUUGUUAAAGUUGAAGCCCAUUUCUGAGUAUAGAACUUGAUUUGUAGAAUAAUGUAAUCUGGACUUGGAUUGGUCGGAUUGAUCAUGGUUGGAUUGGUAACAAUCGGAUUGGUCACGGUCGGAUUGGUCACGAUUAGGUUGGUCACUGGUCGAAUUGGUCAUUGGUCGAAUUGUUCAUUGGUGCAUUUGGUAAUUUUUAAGUGGUAGAGAGGUUUAGUCUCAUGUUUGAAACUUUUUAAAAUUAGUCAUAUUUUUGUCAAUGAGAUUUGUUUUAACGGAGUGUUGUGCAAAUAUAUAAAAUUUAAUACCCCGUAGGUUAUUUUACAACUGGUGUAUUAUUCUAUUUAGAAUAUACGGAGUACGUAUUAAUUAGUCAGAUGAUGAAGUAUUUAUCUAUCGAUUUCAUUUUUCAUUUGAGCUUCUCUUCACAACCAAGAAUGUGUUAGCUAAUUUGAUUCAGUAUGUAUGUAUCAAUUCUUUUUCAUUCAAGCUUCUUCCUUUCACAAUCUAAGAAUUCUUAACUUUGAAAGUAAUAACUUAAUUUUGGAUUGUUGGUUAACCGGAGUAUUUUAUUUCAAAACCAUAACCGUACCGUAUAUCAUUAUUUCUUUCGGUUGGUUAACCGUACCGCGAGUUUUUAAAAACACUGUAUGGUUAACUGACAAAAACACCGGUUUUACAGUUUUUUAUACGGUUAAUCGGUUAUGGUUUUUUGUGCCCACUCCUACUUUGGGCAGAAAAUGAAUGAAGAUGGAGAUGACCAUAUUCAAGGUUGUGUUGACAUUAGCGAACAUGGAUACACAAUUAUUUUUUAUUUUGUUAAGGAAGGAACUUGAUAUAUCUAGAGCUCCAAAGUUUCAAAUAUUGUUUGUUGCCCAUUACCGGAUGGUAUCACCGUGGCCCACUCAAAUAACAGGUCAAAUGUUUGAGUCUCUUCCUAAUAAAAAAUAUCGGCACUCAACGUAGAACAAAUACUAUAAUAGUGUUUAUUCGUUUCAAAUUGAAUCCAAUUGCUUGAUUCCUUCAAUAUAGGAUCAAAGUUGAAUGGUUCUAUUUUUUGUUGAAAAAAGCCAAAAAGGUUUAAAACUAAGACCAAUAUCGAUUUGCCGAGCUAAAAUUUUGGUUCCUCCCUACCUCUGGAACCAAGACCGACUGGUGUAGAUUGGCGGUGAACCGAAAUUGGUCAGGGUCAACUCCUACUUUAGACCACUUCAUUCUAAAGCGUUGUCAUCCCUUUCUUGAUCAAGUUAUUAGAAUUUUAUUUUACUAUCUCCGAUUUUUUAAUUGAAACACUUUGGCAUUCCUGUUUGACAACACACAAUUUUGAUAAUUGAUAUACUUCAUUUGUCUCGUAAAUUUGGUCAAAAUUAAUUUGCAUGUGAAAUAAUAAAGUAAAAUUUGGUUUUUGAGAAUUCUAGUGUGUGAGAAUGUGCACACUAGUAUACGCCAUCCUUCUUUCAACUAAAGAAUAGUUUAUCACAUGAUCCUACUAUUAACUAAAAAAUAUAUUAUCACAAACAAUUAAUAACCUUCAUCACAUCCAAACAUGAGUAGUUGUACACAAAAUAGACAUUUACACAAACUAAUUAAUGUCUAUUUGCAGAACUAGUUGUCCAUGUGAAGGAUUCAUAGUUUCUUAGAUAAAUUUUUUUCACACGGACACAAGUUUUAUAAUCUAAUUUUCCAAACAAUGAUUGGGUAAUGAUUCAUCUAAACCCAUUGCAUACAUAAAUGUAAACCAAUGUGUACUAUUGUCAUUUUCUAUUAGAGAUACAUUGUACGUACCUCCAAUUCUUGUAUGGAGUAUGAAAAUUGUUAGUCAUAUGAGUGAUAUGGGGGUCUUUGGUAAUUUAACUCGAGUACAUUAUCAGCCUCCUAUAUCAAUAUAAUUAUAUGUAAAUACUUGAGUGUACGAUUGUAUAAAUUAAUUGAACCCAAUGAUAUAAAUUUGUUACACUGAGCAUAAGGGUAGGCAAAAUACCUAAAAAGCAUGAUAUUGGAUUAAAUUGUAACAAUAUCAAAAUCAUUAACAUGUUUCAAAAUAUGAUGGUUUUCAAUACCCAAACAUGGCGACACUAGUAUACACUUGUAAUAUACCGACUAUAUCAAACCGGAUAAAAUAUGAUAAUGUGUUUCGCUUAUGACCCCGUACAUGUGCCUUUUGGGACAUACGGUUCAAAAAACUUCUCUCACUGCACACAUAUACUGUUAGGUAUUGGCCCAACUAUUUCCGUAAGCCCACUUACUCUUUGGUUUUACUCGGCCCAGGGUUGGACUUACCGAUUCUUUCUUCUCCUUGUUCGCUCUGCGCAUAUCCUCCCUUGCUCUUCUUUCCUUGUUGAAGCCGCUGCAUAUCUUUGAUAAGGUAAGUUACCUUACCUGUGUUUUUUGACCUUGGCUUAUAAAUAAUUCUCCUUUCUCCGUUUUGGAGUGCAGCCGAAACCUAAUCAGUCUGAGCUUUUCUUUUGGGUUCACCGGAGGAGUGUCGCCGGAAAUAGCCUGCUGGCUGAUGCCCCUCUCCCCCUUUGUGAUCAUAGUGGUGUUAUUCAUCCUUUGUGGAUGAAAUUAGAGACCUGAGCUGGAAGAUUCAGAACUUACAUAUACUGUAUUCUAUUCUUGGUUUUAUUAUCAAUACUACUUAUACUAUAUGAGUCUAUCUAUUUUUAAAGAUUCUUUAUGGGUUUAAGAUUAAAUGCUUGGGGUUACCGAAGAAGGGGUGAUCCGCCUAAAAUAUGGGCAUGUUAUAUGCUAGUAGUACGCAAUUUACUCGGUCGAUCCAAAUAAAACCCGACCCAAAUCUGGGACGAUAAAUCUGCUAGCCUGGAUUAGAGUUGCAUUGUGCCUUUUAAACCCCCUACUAUUAGGCGAGUUUUGAACCCGGACUACUUUCAUACACAUGUAGGUACAAAACCAAACCCGCUAAUAGAUAAUAAUGUAGGGAUACUCUUGUAAUUACAUAUUCUUGGAUUAUUAUACAUACACAUAUACGCCUACCGCUAGGGUAAGCCAUUCCCUCAUAAUUCUCAUAUGGUAUCAGCGAAUAAGGUUUUACGAUCCUAACCCUAAAUGUCUUCUCCAUGAACACUACGUCGACCGCACUUUCUUCCUCGUGCGUUGUAGGCAGUGUUCAGCCGCAUGAUAUCCCAGAAGCUUCAUCCCAGGCGCCCACUUUCCCUCCGACGGAGCAGCCCUACGCCAGUCGCCCCGUGCCAUUGUUGGGUGUGUCUCGGAAAAACGAAGAAAUAUUAAUUAAAUAAAAUUAAUUAAUAAAUAAAAUAGCUAAAAGAAAACAGAAAAUAGAUGGAACAGAGUUUAGCCAGAGCUCGUGCUACGCACGAUGUCCUUAAAACGUAUUUGUCGCCUCCCACGGUGCUAGGAGCAUUGCAACGACGGUUUCCAAGGAUACAGUGGCUAACGAACUAACGUUUGAGCACACAAACGAGAGUUCUGGCGAACUGGAACACAAUAUGAACACUUAGGAAUUUUCUGAGUAGCUGGAAGUGUUUUAGAGCUCAAAAAUACGUGAGGAAUGUAUUGUGUGUUGUGUUGUUGCAAACCACCUGCCAGCCAUUUAUACGAGGAUUUGUGGUGUGUUAAUCGAACUUUAAUGGACCUGAACGUUGCACAUAAAUGUCUAGCACGUUGGACAUUAAUAUGUUGAAAAACUGUCCAUUUAAAGAUGCAUUAAAAGACAAGAACGUUGGGCAUUAACUUUCGUCACGGCUUAGGUAUUCUGAUCCGGAAGGCAACAGAAGAGCCCUGAGGUCUUCUGUCCGGAGGCCAGAAUACGAUUUAACAAAAGUUAAAUCGUAUCUUUGAAUGAUAGAUUUUUUGGACGGCAUUCGUGUCCGCAGGUCGCCCGCGGACACGAACCGCGGUUUUUCUUCUCCGUUUCGGGAUUUGAUCGGCACCCCCUGCGCGUAAGAGAGAGCUUUUACCUUUAGGAAUCUUAACUCCUUAAAAGAGGCUUCCAUUUAUAAGGGGGUGAAAAUCCCUUGAAUUUUCCGGUGUGGUAUAAAACACACUAGAAACCCAUAUUUUCCCCAAUUUUUCCAUUUCAACGAGUGAACUUCGAGAAUCAAUUUAUUAUUCACCCGUUAUCCGUUUUGAGCGUAUCAUAUAUCGAAUUGUAGCCCUUAACAAGGACAAUCCGAAACCACUUUGUCCCGACCCAAAUCAAAAGUGGACCCCACUCAAAUAAUUGCCCCAAAAUGAUCAUUUAAUGCAAUUUUUAACACAUUUUUCCAACAGCCAUUGUUCAUGCGGGAGAAGACCGCGAUUCCCUCCUCGAUGAUUUACAGUUCGAACAGCCCACAUGUGUCAUCUUAUUCCCUCUUUCAGAUGCCUGAACCGUUCACUUGGAAGCCUACAAUUGCUGUAUCAGCGCCUCAUCCUCUUCCACACACCAGCAGUUCGUCCCAGACUUCAGGACUGCCGACUGACCUUCACCAGGCAGUUUGAAAUUGGCUCGUCUUCGCAGCAUCCUUCUCCUUCGGGCGCUGGUAAUUCUCCUUCCUAUCUCUCUACUAUGGCGCCCCAGUUGACAUUCUCCACCCUGAAUGUCACAAAUAUAGUUACUACUCGGUUGGCAUCCGUUGAAGAUUAUUUACCGUGAAAAACACAAUUUGAAUCAUUUUUGGUAUCUCACAAUUUGUUGGGUGUGUUGGAUGGUUCUGUUCCUAUUCCUACGCCAUAUAUUUUGGAUGUUUUUCGUAGGGAGGUUAUUAACAAUGAUUAUCAACAUUGGUUGAAAAUAGACCAAACGAUCCGUUCUUGGCUUUUCGCCACUCUUUCCCGCGAUAUUUUGAUUGAUGUGCAUGAGCUUAAAUUCUCUUUUCAAAUUUGGGACCGUCUCCGCAGUAAAUUUAUGUCCGCUAGCAUUGCUCGAUCCAUGGAAAUUAAGCGCCUACUUUCUCACAUGAAGAAAAAGGCAAAUCAGACAAUGGAUCAGUAUCUUCGGGAGAUUAAAGUUGUUGCCGAUUCCCUGGCCUUAAUUAACUCUCCGGUCACUGAUAAGGACCUUAUUGAGUAGGCUCUUCUAGGCCUUGAUCCGGAGUUUGAGUCUAUACUCGGUGGGUUAGCUUACAUGCCCCCAACUUUACCUUUGAUAAGCUGGGUCCUAUCCUUACUCUCCAAGAACACCGGCUGCAAUACAUGUGUGGCACAGGUGAAUCUGUGACGCAGCAUCAGACCUUUGCUGCCUCUGGACCAGCUUCUUCAGCCUACCAGUCCCGCCCGCAGCAACAAUAUUCUGGCUGAGGGGGUGCACCACCGCGAGGAGGACGCGGAGGUCGCGACCAGCACGACCAUCUGGGUCACCGGGGACGUGGCAGAAGGUAUGGCUACCCCGGUACCCCUGGUCAGCAACCUUUCCCACGAGGCUUUGAUUUUCAUUAUGCGGGACCUCAUGCAUACUUUACUCCGGGAGCUUCCAGUGCAAGUAUGGGUAAUGUCAGUCAGCUGCUUUACCAUCCGGUGAGACCAAUGAAGCGACAUGGUAUCCAGAUUCUGGUGCCUCCGCUCACAUGACGCCAAAUGAAGGACAAUCAAACGGGGGCAACACUACUCCACGCUUCCAAUAAGGACCGGACUCCCUUCACAGUCUCCACUCCAUCCUUGGCUCUUUUUACUUCCACUGUCCCCGGUCCGGUAUGGCACAAGCGCUUAGGUCAUUGUGGUGAUAGCAUAUUGUCUACUCUUCAGCACACACACUCUAUUUUUUCUACUCGUAAUUUUCAUCAUUUAUGUACUUCAUGUCGACUGGGAAAAUCCCAUCGCUUACCAUUCCAAGAUGUGUUACAUACAUCUACUGCUCCUUUACAAUUAAUUCAUUCAGAUGUUUAGCAGUCUCCUUUAUUGUC